AUGCGGCACGAUCCUGAGCAUCACCUGAAAGCAGGGAUCCAAUGUGAUCGAACGGACUUGAUGAGGGGCAUUAAAUGCCUAGAAUUGUGUGGGCGUCAGGUGUCGUUGAGUGGAAGUUAUGGCCAAUCUCGACCGUUGAUGAAGGUUGGAGAUUUAUGGCUAGGAGAAGAAGUGCCUCCAAGCAUUGAUGACAGUGGUGAUAGGCUUGCCACGUGUUGUUCGGAAGGGCUUGGGAUUUGUUGGCUAGGGUCUGAUUGCAGGAGUGAGGUCGAAGAGGAGUCAAUUCGUCUUCGACUCAGUGAUUGUGUGAUCCUGGAUCUCAGGCUUGGGAUUUAUUGGCUAGGGUCUGAUUGCAGGAGUGAGGUCGAAGAGGAGUCAACUCGUCUUCGACUCAUGGCAAAGCUUGAAGAAGCUAGGCUUGAGCUGGAAAUGAUGAUCGUCACAGCUAAUUGUAAGGAUCUCUUUUUGGUGUGUGUGAUAAUUUUGUGUGGCCUAAUUGAGGCAUGUCAAGGAGGUAAGCUGAGGAGUCAUUUCUACAAUAAGACCUGUCCUCAAGCUGAGAGUAUUGUCAAAACCAUUACCUGGAGCCGUGUUUCCACCAAUCCCACCUUGCCCGCCAAGCUGCUCCGAAUGCAUUUCCAUGAUUGCUUUGUUAGGGGUUGCGAUGGCUCAGUAUUGUUGAACUCAACCUCCAACUCUACUGCAGAAAAGGAUGCACCUCCAAAUUUAUCAUUGAGUGGAUUUGAUGUCAUUGAUCAAAUUAAGACACAACUUGAAAAGGCAUGCCCGCAAGUUGUGUCGUGUGCUGAUAUUCUUGCUCUCGCUGCUAGAGACUCAGUCUCAUUCCAAUUUAGAAGGUCAAUGUGGAAAGUGGCCACUGGUAGAAGAGAUGGGAAGGUGUCGCUAGCUUCAGAGGCCUUGGCCAACAUCCCAUCGCCAUUGUUCAACUUCAGCUCCCUCAAGCAAAGCUUUGCUAGCAAAGGUCUUGAUGUCCAUGACCUUGUGGUAUUAUCAGGUGGACACACCAUUGGAGUGGGGCACUGCGCCCUUUUUAGCAACAGGUUAUUCAACUUCACAGGUAAAGGAGAUGCAGACCCCUCACUCAACUCCACAUACGCUGCUGAACUGAGGAAGAAGUGCAAGAGCCUCUCCGACAACACAACCACAGUGCCCAUGGAUCCCCCCAGCCCUCUCUCUUUCGACCGCGAUUAUUACGUUAUACUUAGGCAAAACAAGGGUCUCUUCCAGUCCGACGCUGCCCUCCUCACCGACAAUGUCGCGAGGAGGACAGUGCGAGAGUUGAUGAACACAAAAUAUUUUGUCAGGGAGUUCGCCAAGUCGAUGAAGAAAAUGGGAGGUGUGGGUGUGCUCACGGGGACUGCAGGGGAGAUCAGGAAGAAAUGUGCUGUUGUUAAUUAA